UCCUCGGUUUCUCAAGUUUGGUCUGCACGCUGUUAUGUCAGAACAAGAACUUGUCGCUGGUCUCCGCUGGAAUAACUAUGUGUCCGUGCCAACCAUUACCUUGAUGUGCUAUGAGUAUCCUAGUUCUCCUGUUGGACAAGGAGGUUCAGUAUGUCUGGAAAAGACCGUGGUCACUGAUGUCAUGCCUGUACCUUGUUGUUCGAUAUUUCGGUCUUUUCCUUGGACUGCUGUGCGGCUGUUGUUUGUUGUAUAUGCCUGAAUCAGUGAGCUACGAUCUUGUGGUUCUAAUUGAAUGGGGCUUUUCAGUGUAUUUUUGCUUUGCGGAAGCCAUUCUCAUCUGGCGUCUUUAUGCUAUAUGCAAUCAAUCCAAGCUCCUGCUUUAUAUUUUAGUGGGAUUGUUCUUGCCUAUCGUCGCCCUCUCGAUAGGGACAGACAUCUAUCUGUACAGUCGACCCAGCGUGUUUUCGGUGAAAGAAAUAGUAACUUCGAGCGCCAAGUACUGCACCCUUUCCUUCCACAUGGGGCCCAUGCCUGCGAUCUAUACUUCUAUCCCCAUCGUGUGCUUUGAUAUUGUGCUAGUUGUUCUCGCAGCUGCCAUCCUCAUGAGACACCUCAAAGAACGGAGGGGAAUGAGGCCUAAUACCUAUAUGAUAAUGAUCGUCAGAUAUCAUAUCAUUUACUUUGUCCUGAAUUUGACAAACCAAGUCUUAUUGGUGCUAUUAUGGGCGGACAUUCCGACGCCGGCGAUGAGUCUCUCAGAGCUCUUCAACGAUACCGCGCCCUUUAUUCUCGCGCCCCGUCUUAUCAUCAGUAUUUGGGACACGCAUGCCCACGACGGGUGCUUACAUGUCAGCACGACGUUUGCAGAUUGUGUGUGCUUGACUUCGCCAAUGAGGUUCGAGCAGCACGAGAUGGACUCUGUCGUCGUAUAAAUUUGACAUGCUGCAGCCUAGAGGUGUCUGUGAGGGCAGUGGUGGAAUUAACCAGGACCUAGGACAAGCACUACGACUGGAAGUGACUACACUGGCAGAGCAUCGAACCAAAGAUCGGAAUCCAAAGAUGGACUCCGUCGUCAUAUAAGUUUGGCAUGCUGGAAGAAAA